AUGUUUACAAUAGGUAAUAUUAUAUUUACUAUUGAACCUAGCAAUAUUAUUUCAACUGCCGGUAAAACCGUUCGACUGGAUUGCGAAGCAAAUUUUGAUGGUGUUGUUAUGUUGCCUCAAUAUAGAUGGAACAUUGCUAAUGGACAGUACUUAGAUUUUAUUGGAGAUACAAAAAGAUCUAUUUUGAAAAAUGGAUCUCUUAACAAUAUUUUUAAUAAUGAUGAAAAUGUUCUCAAAGUUUAUCGCCGUUUGAAAAAAAAACCAACAGAUCUAAGUCUUCUUUCUGAACAAAUAGCAUAUUUCCCUUGUCUCGUUAACUCAAAACCUUUACCAAUUAAUAUAAUUUGGUUUAAAUAUAAUUCACUAUUAGUAACUGAUAAUCGUAUGGCAAUAUUCCCAUCUGGAGCAUUAGAAAUUAAUGAUGUCCAUGAAAACGAUGUUGGUGCUUAUAGAUGUAAUAUUACUGUAUUGAAUAAGCAUAGAUUAAGUGAUGCCGGAAUGAUGACAAUUGUUCAUAAUGAAGAUACAAUUAAAAGAUAA